GCCAAAAGCAAUCAAAUCAAUUUUUUUUUCAUUUAACUUUCAUCUAAAUAAAUAAAAUAAAUUUCAAAUUAAAUCAAAGCACAGGUACAGUGUAAUUCUCAAUAGAAACGCAUCAGUUCUUAACUUUUUAAAAAAACAACAUUGUUGUGGAGUUUUCUGGGUAGUUACGGUGGCUAUUGAUUUCUAAGUUCUCUCUCAAGUUCAACAACUGAGGGUUUAACUGGAAUAGCUUGAUAAGCCAUUUUUUCUAGUAUUUACUCAUUUUAAGUACAAAAAUACAAACAGUAAAUAAAAACAUGAGUGGAAAAUAAAAAAAAAAUAAAAAAAAAUUUUUUUGAAGUACGAACAGAAAGUGGUAACCGCACUUAAUUGCAUGUGGAGUAAGAAUGUAAUAAACAUAAAAGUAUCAUUUUUAAAACCCUACGGUGGAUCAAUAUUUGCGCAACUGGUACUGCUUUUAAUGGUGAAUUAAAAUGAUAGAUAAAAUCUUUAUUUUGUAAAAGAAACGCACGAGAUGUAUUGUUGUGUAAUAUGGUUGUAAGAAAAGAAUUUAAAAUACAAGAAGUAAUCAAUUAGUCGGCGUCGGUGAUUUGCGAUAGAAGUUGUUGUUUAUUUCAUUGAAAUGCGCUUUGAUUUUAAUUUAAUUUUAUCAGUUUGCAGACGAACAAUCGCGUCAGUUCGACAACACAAAAAGGGGUGAAAUAUUAACGUGUAACUUCAAAAUUAUUUCUUAAAAUAAGAAGAAUAUUUGCUUUAUUUUGGCGUGGUUUGACUAUAUUACAUAAGCUCUGGUUUUCUUUUAGAUGAAAAAAAUAUUUAGAUGAAAAAAUUUAGAUGAAAAAAACCCUAACCUGAAAUUUCAAAGAGGGUGUAUCAUUUUCGGCAUAAUUUGUAAUCUAGUGAGAGUAAAAAAACUAAAUAAAAUGAUAACUUUAACUUCACACCGAUCUGUUCAAAUUGCUCUACAUUUCCAAUUGUUUUUUAUUAAUAUGUAUUCGGUCAUUACCACAGUUAGGAAUUUUAUCUCCAUCUUUUUUAGGUAAACCAAGCCGUUAAGAUGUAGCUAGCUAAGUUGAAUCUUUAGUACAAUCCAAUUUGAAUCUUCCUUAUUGUUUUUUAUGUUUUUGGUGUGCUGUAACAUUUACCAUACUAAUAAAACCAAUUGGAAAUGCAGAGUAGUUUGAAAGCUGAAAAUACAAUUUAUGAUACAGUUGUAAUUGAAUGACAGCGAUAAAACUUAAUUAAUUGUAAGAACAAUUUGCUCUUUGUCUUCUUCGAAAAAAUAGAUUUCCUUUAGGCAUUUUUUUUUCUUCGCUCAGAACACAGGCAUUCUAUCUGAAAAAGCAGUAUUUUGUAUUUAUCGGAGUUUUCCGCUCGAGUGGAAUUUUCCAUAUAAAAACCGGAACCAAUCUUUAUUAGAUUGGUUCUUAUUUUCCGGUAACAUAGUUAUGUACCGAAAGAAAGUAUUGUGUUUUAUUACAAUAUCAUUCACAAACUUAAAUUUUGAAUACCUUUACAUAGCUAUAUGAUUCUCCGUUUCAACGUAUUUUAACAUCGCAAACUUAAAAAACGAUUUAUGCAGUAACGUGACACAGCUUAACAACGUGUAGCUGGAUAGACAGAUAGCUAAGGUAAAAACAAAUGACUUCACUAAACAGUUAGGAUUUUAAAAGUGGAAUGUUUUGAAGUUUUAAUUUCCUAGAAAAAUAAUAUUUCACUUUCGUUGUUGUCAAAAAAUAUUAUUGUUAACAACAAAAAUGGCAAAAUUUAUUUAGCAUUUAGCUAAAAUAAUAUGUUUCCCCGAUCAUUUUUAAUUAUAAAAUUGAUUCACAGCAAAAGUUAUUAAAGAUCUUCUCUUUAAAAAUAGUUUUGUUUUUCGUUGUUAGUUUUAAAGAUUAUGAAAGUAAUUAGUAGCCACGUCGUUUGGCAUCAACAGUUUUGUGUUUAACAAGAAAACAUGCAAGAACUGAGACAUAUAAGUUAAUCAACACAAAACAAUAACCAACAUCAUUACACAGUUGAAAAAUGUCAACAGAAACUGACGUGACUUAAAUAUAAUAACAAAUAUAUAUCUUUCGUACUGCCUACGUUGUUUUGUUGUCAGCUAAGCUCGUAAAAACAUACAAAACAUGUCCAGACAGCUAAAAGAUGUAGAAAAGAAGUUUAUAUCUUGUGACUUGAUCAAAGUUUUAACAAUUAUUAUGUUGUGAUAAUUUAUUCAAGCAAAAUAUAUCAUUUAACCAAUAUGAGUUCGGCGACUGCUUGUAAUACCACGCAUGGUGAAUCAGCUUUAUCCUUCUUUUCAACCACCGUAUCUUCUGUUCUUCUCGUUACCACCACAAUACUUAAUGCACUUAUUUUGUUGGUGUUUAUUCGAAACAAGAGACUUCUGAAAAAAUCUAUCUUUUACAAGAUGCUAUUUAACAUUGCAGUAGCAGAUUUUCUAACAGGUAUAUUUUCUGAUCCAGUUUCCAUUUCAUUCCAUACAAAGGAAGGCUUGGAGAAACAUAUUUCGAAAGCAGAAGUUAUUCUCGUACAUUACACUUUGUUUUCUUUUAACGGAGUGUCCAUUUUAACAAUGUCUCUGUUGUGUAUCGAUCGAAUUGUUGCAUUGCUGAAACCAUUGAAGUACAGAAAUGGAUUAAAGAAUUGGAAAUGCUAUUUGAUGAUAUCUUCAACAUGGAUUUUGGCAAAUUUGUUACUCAUACCAUAUUUUGAAAUUGGAUAUAUCAAAUAUUUGACAGUAUUUUCCUAUUUCACAGUGGCUGUUACAGCUUUAAGUUUAAUACUUGCAGCUAUUCUAUACAAAAUAUAUUUUGUCCCCUUUAAUACGUCUGUUACAAUAUCUAAAACGAAAAGAGAUUUGCAGGUUUAUCAAUAUGAAAACGUGGAUAGAAAAGGUAGCGAUAGGAACUUGACCGUACCAGCGAAUGAAACAGAAAAUGCAUUGACUGUUACAAAGGACAGCGGAGGAAAGUUAGCAGAUCCAGAUGAGCCUAAAAAUUCACAGCGUACAAAGAAAAAAAUGUCGUCGUCGGAACGCCGAGUAAACAAAUCAUUUAUCACGUUAUUGGUUGUGUUCUUAGUGACGUAUUUACCAUCUGUUAUCAUGACAACAUAUAUGAAUUUAUGUCAGAAUUGUAACUGCAUGUUUAUUCAUGCGUUACGAGAUUUGACAUUCCUGUCAAUAUUAUCAAGUGCCUUAUGGAGACCACUUAAUUUUGUUUUACGCUUGAGAACAAUACGAAGAGAAAUGAAGAAAUUACUUGGUGUCACAAGUUUAUCGGUGUUCUCUGAUUCCAGUAAAAAUGAGUUAGAUGAGGGGUCAAAGAGCAGGACGAAAAGCUGUAUUGCCACACAGAAUCACACAAUGCCGAAUCUGAAAUAAUCCUAUAAUUUCUAAAUGGGACAUAGAGAAUGAAGUUAAAGAAAAGUCAAGACAAUUUUUUAUACAAAAUGUAAAAUAAUUAGAACUAUUUUUUCGAUAUUUAAGAGAAAAUGCGAUUAAAUAUGUUUGUUUUUUGUGAUUAUGUGGUCCUAUAUGUACUUUGAGAAAGGUCUUUUCGGCUUUCUGAGAGGUCACGAAGAAUUUCUAAAAGAUACAGGAGAGGGUACACUUCUUUGUAGGUAACGACGUGUGGUUGCUGUAGAUGUUUGGAAGUUAAUGAAAACAAUUUGAUAGUUUUGGUCAAGUCAUUGUUCUUUAAUAACUUUAUUUUUUUGUAUGAAAACUGAAAACAA